AUGGCUGGACGCUUCGUGCGCUCCUCCAAAUACCGCCAUGUCUUCGGACGUCCCACGAGAAAGGAACAAUGUUACGACAAUCUCCGAGUUUCUAGGAACGCUUGGGACUCAAAUCUACUGAAAGCCAACCCUGAAUAUCUUGCCGUCAACUGGGACGCCAGUGGUGGAGGUGCCUUUGCAGUCAUUCCUACCUCAGAAAGAGGGAGGCUGCCGGAUCGCAUACCUCUGUUCCGAGGGCAUACCGCAGUCGUCCUUGAUACAGAUUGGAACCCCUUCAACGACUCCCUAAUAGCAUCAGGCUCCGACGAUGGCAAGGUGUUCCUGUGGCGGGUACCUGACAACUUCACUGUCCGGCCGGAUCUGCCCGCAGAUGAGAUCGAGGACGUUGCGCCGGUUGGGAAGCUGAGCGGCCAUUCGAAGAAAGUCGGGCACGUUCUCUUCAACCCUGCCGCAGAAAAUGUUCUAGCGUCUGCAUCCGGCGAUUUUACCGUCAAGAUUUGGGACAUCGAAGCGGGCUCUUCGAAGCUUAACCUCAAGGUGGGCGAGGUGAUCCAGUCCAUGUCAUGGAGCGCCAACGGCUCGCUUCUUGUGACCACAUCUCGCGACAAGAAACUGCGGGUAUGGGAUGUACGACAGGAGAAGCCGGCGAUCGAAGUUGCCAGCCACCAAGGAGCCAAGAACAGCAGAUCUGUUUGGAUGGGCGAGCACGACCGCAUCGCCACGACCGGAUUUUCUAAGAUGAGCGAUCGACAGCUGGCGCUGUGGGAUAUCAAAGCUCCCAAUGCGCCUGUCGACGGGUUCCAAAUGCUCGAUUCGAUAUCAGGCGUCUGCAUUCCCUUCUGGGAUGAUGGCACAAACUGCCUGUACCUUGCUGGUAAGGGUGACGGCAACAUCCGCUACUACGAAUACGAAAACGACAAAUUCGAGUAUCUGUCAGAGUACAAGUCUUCCGACCCGCAGCGAGGAAUCUCAUUCUUGCCUAAGCGCGGCGUUAACAUGCACGAGAAUGAAGUCAUGCGUGCCUACAAGACGGUCAACGACUCCUACAUUGAACCAAUCUCUUUCGUUGUUCCUCGCCGCGCCGAAUCUUUCCAAGAGGACAUCUAUCCACCAACCAUUGGCCUCAAGCCCGCGAUGAGUGCUUCCGAGUGGUUUGAGGGUGCUGAGAGACUGCCACCCAAGAUCAACUUGGAGAGCAUAUACGAUGGCAACGCGGGGGAAUACGCCACAUCCGAAGCGAAGCCUGCAGCAAAGCCGGCAGCAGCAAAGCCUGCUUCUCCAGUUAAGGCUCCGGAACCUAAGAAGGAAGCCGAGCCGCCGAAGCCAGAGCCUGCCGUCACUGCGCGUGCACCUCCGGCUUCGAUGAAGGAGCAGGGGAGCUCAAUGAUGGCUAUGGCUUCCAAAUUCGAAGACAAGGAGGCUGUCGAAGAUGAGGACAAUGACUCCUCGAGCUUCGAGGAGGUUCAGAAACCAAUCGAGAGGACCGCCAUCAAGGGUCCUGCACCACAAGUCGACACCAAACCGUCAGCCUCCCAGAAGGUUGCAACGCCUAGUCCAAAAUCACCCGUCCCAACCAAGGAGCCCGAGUCUGAGGUGGCUUCAGCUACGAGUACGCCUGUCCAGCCUACAAGUACAGCAGACUCCACGAGCUCUGCUGCAGGCACCGAAGUCCUGGAGCGUGAAAUCAAGAACAUGAAGACAAUGAUGGCCCAACAAACUCGACAGAUUGCUACUUUGGCCAAAACUGUGCAAGAGCUGACGGCCGAGGUCAAGUCACUAAAGAGUCGUUGA